GAAAAUCUUUAUUAGGAAAUAUACAGUAUGGUUUAAAAAACUGGGCCAAAUGUUAUGACAAAGUUCAAAAACAUGAAAAAAGUCCACUUCAUUGUGAAUCCGUGAGGAUUUGGUAUUUGAGAACACAAGGGGCCAAAAACAAUUCGAUUGAUAAAGUGUUAAAAGAAGAAAUGUAUUCUAAAAUAUCAUACUGGACCCAAGUUCUUCGUCGUGUAGUAUCAACAAUUACGUUCUUGGCUGAACGAGGACUUUCAUUUCGAGGUAACAAUAGUGAAUUUGGCUCUGUGCAUAAUGGUAAUUACAUGGGAUGUUUGGAACUAAUUGCUCAGUUUGAUCCAUUUUUAUGUGAACAUAUUGCUAAAUAUGGAAACAAAGGGAGAGGUAAUGUGUCAUAUCUAUCUUCAAUAAUAUGUGACGAAUUUAUUCAACUUAUGAAUAAUUCUGUAUCUGAUAAAAUUGUGAGUGAAAUCAAUGAAUCUAAAUAUUUUUCAAUAAUUGUUGAUUCAACUCCUGACAUAAGUAAAACAGAUCAAUUGACAGUGGUCAUACGCAAUAUAACUCCAACUGGCGAGUCUAAAGAAAGAUUUUUAGCAUUUCUGCCAUCAGUAGGACAUAAAGGAGAACAAAUGGAAUAUGCAUUAAUAAAAAAAUUCAAUGAGUUGGGUAUUGAACUAAAAAAUUGCAGAGGACAGUCUUAUGACAAUGCCUCCAAUAUGUCUGGUGUAUAUAAGGGACUUCAAGCUCGUAUAAAAAAGUAUGCAAGUAAUGCGGUUUUCGUACCAUGUGCUGCACACUCACUCAAUCUUAUUGGCUCCAAUGCUGCUGAAUCUUCAAAGGAAGGUACACAAUUUUUUCAUACUAUUCAAAUGGUUUAUACAUUUUUAUCAUCAUCAACGUACAGAUGGGAACUUCUUAAAAGCAUCACUGACAAAUGUCCGUCAAAAUCUACAACUGUUCCAAAAAAUUUAUGUAUUACUAGGUGGUCCUCACGACAUGAAUCUUGUGAAGGAAUAUUAUCUGGAUAUAAAGAAAUAUUAGAAGUUUUAAAAAUAUUAUCAGAAGAUAUAACUCAAACACCGUCAACAAGAAAUGAAGCAAAUUCAAUAAGGAAAAAAUUGGGAAAAUUAGAGUUUGUUUUCAUGUUGAAAGUAUGGACCCCAAUAUUACAGAGAUUCGAUGCUACAAGCAAAACACUACAGUCAAAAGAUAUAAAUUUAUCUAUUGUUGUUUCAUUAUAUGAAUCAUUAGAAUUGUAUGUACAAGAUUAUAGAAAAUUAUUUGAUAACAUUUUGAACAAAUCUAAAGAACUAUGUGGAAAAUUAACAUUUUCAUGGGAAAAAUCAAGGGUUAUAAAGAAGAAAAGACAUUUUGAUGAUUCAAAUUCUGUAGAUACUAUACAUCGUGGAGAUGAUAAAAUGAAGAAUGAUACUUUUUAUGUUAUAAUUGACACUUUAUCUUCAAAUUUAAGUGAAAGGAAAAAAGCAUAUAUAAAUGUCCAUUCAAAUUUUGGAUUCUUAAGUAGUUUAACUAAUUUAGAUUCUUUGACACUACGCAAAAAGGCAUUGCAUAUUGUAAAUAUAUACAACCAAGAUAUAGAUACAUCAUUUAUUGAAGAAAUAGUCCAAUUUAAAAAAAUUGCUAUUUCAUUUUCAAAAGAAGAUUUAACAAUAAACGGUUUAUUCCAAAAACUAUCCAACUCCCCUUUGGCAUUAACUUUUCCAAAUGUUUUAAUUGUCUUAAGAAUAUAUGCAUGUAUGCCAUGUUCUAAUGCAAGUG